CAGAACCGGCUUGCUGUGAGAGCCGCUUCCGGUCGGAGCGAAGCUUGGCGUACUGCGAGGCUGGAGUUCAAAUCAGAGGACUUGCUGCCCCUUCUAUGGCUACCUCACAGUCUUCACAAACCGUCGCAGCUCAUGUCCCCUUUGCAGAUUUAUGUUCCACAUUGGAGCGGAUACAUAAAAGUAAAGACCGUGCAGAGAAGAUCAGGCACUUUAAGGAAUUUUUAGAUUCUUGGAGGAAAUUUCACGAUGCCCUUCAUAAGAACAAGAAGGACGUUCCGGACUCCUUUUACCCAGCCAUGAGACUUAUUCUUCCUCAGUUAGAGAGAGAGAGGAUGGCUUAUGGUAUCAAAGAAACCAUGCUUGCCAAGCUUUACAUCGAGUUACUGAACUUACCAAGGGAAGGCAAGGACGCCCUGAAGCUCCUCAAUUAUCGAACACCGACUGGCGCUCGCACGGAUGCUGGGGACUUUGCGAUGAUUGCGUACUUCGUGUUAAAGCCGCGGUGCUUACAGAAAGGAAGCUUAACCAUACAGCAGGUGAAUGAACUCUUGGACUUAGUCGCCAGCAACAAUUCUGGCAAAAGAAAAGACCUAGUAAAGAAGAGCCUUCUCCAGUUGAUAUCACAGAGUUCAGCCCUGGAGCAAAAGUGGCUGAUCCGCAUGAUCAUUAAAGACUUAAAGCUUGGUGUCAGUCAGCAAACGAUACUUAACGUUUUUCAUAACGACGCAGUUGAGUUGCACAACGUCACCACGGAUCUGCAGAAGGUCUGCCAGCAACUCCAUGACCCCUCCAUAGGGCUCAGUGAUAUCUCUAUCAGCCUCUUUUCUGCCUUUAAGCCGAUGCUAGCCGCCGUAGCCGAUGUGGAGCGCGUGGAAAAGGACAUGAAGCAGCAGAGUUUCUACAUUGAGACCAAGCUGGACGGCGAACGCAUGCAGAUGCACAAAGAUGGGGAAGUGUAUCAGUACUUCUCCAGAAACGGCUAUAACUACACCGAUCAGUUUGGCGCAUCCCCCCAGGAAGGCUCCCUCACCCCCUUCAUCCACGAUGCCUUCCGCACAGAUGUGCAAGAGUGCAUCCUCGACGGCGAGAUGAUGGCCUACAACCCGACCACACAGACGUUCAUGCAGAAGGGGGUCAAGUUUGACAUCAAGAGGAUGGUGGAGGAUUCCGACCUGCAGACGUGUUACUGUGUCUUCGACGUGUUGAUGGUUAAUAAUAAGAAGCUAGGGCGUGAGACCCUGAGGAAGAGAUAUGAGAUCCUUAGCAAUACUUUGACACCCAUCCAGGGUCGAAUAGAGAUCGUGCAGAAAAAGCUAGCUCACACGAAGAAUGAGGUGGUGGAUGCCUUAAAUGAAGCCAUUGAUAACAGAGAGGAGGGCAUCAUGGUUAAACACCCUCUGUCAAUUUACAAGCCAGACAAAAGAGGUGAAGGGUGGCUAAAAAUUAAACCAGAGUAUGUCACUGGAUUAAUGGAUGAAUUAGAUCUCUUAAUUGUGGGGGGCUACUGGGGUAAAGGUUCUCGAGGCGGCAUGAUGUCUCACUUUUUGUGUGCGGUGGCAGAGGCGCCGCCUCACGGUCAGAGGCCAUCUGUGUUCCAUUCUCUGUGCCGUGUUGGGUCAGGAUACACCAUGAAGGAGCUCUAUGACCUUGGCCUGAAAUUGGCCAAACAUUGGAAGCCUUACCAUAAGAAAUCUCCACCGAGUAGCAUUUUAUGCGGCACAGAGAAGCCGGAAGUGUACAUCGAGCCCCAUCACUCCGUGAUUGUCCAGAUCAAGGCGGCAGAGAUCGUCCCCAGUGACAUGUACAAGACUGGGACCACACUGCGCUUCCCACGCAUCGAGAAGAUCAGAGAUGACAAGGAGUGGCAUGAGUGUAUGACCCUGGGUGACCUGGAAGAACUGAGGGGGAGAGCAUCCGGGAAGCUUGCCACAAAGCACCUUCAUGUCGGUGACGAUGAUGAACCUAGAGAAAAGAGGCGGAAACCCGUUUCCAAAAUGAAGAAAACCAUCGGAAUUAUCGAACACUUGAAAGCACCUAACCUCUCUAAUGUAAGUAAGGUUUCUAAUGUAUUUGAGGACGUUGAGUUUUGCGUUAUGACUGGGGUGGAGGGUUAUCCCAAGCCUGACCUGGAGAACAGAAUUGCAGAACUUGGUGGCUGCGUUGUGCAGAAUCCAGGCCCAGAAACGUACUGUGUGAUCGCAGGGUGCAGGAACAUCAGAGUGAGGAACAUUAUCUCCUCUGACGAACACGAUGUUGUCAAGCCCGAGUGGCUGCUGGAGUGUUUUAAAACAAAAACGUGUGUGCCAUGGCAGCCUCGCUUCAUGGUUCACAUGUGCCCGUCAACAAAGCAGCACUUUGCCCGUGAAUAUGAUUGCUACGGUGAUAGCUAUUUUGUUGAUACAGAUUUGGAUCAACUGAAAGAAGUGUUUUCAGGAAUUAAACCCAGGGAGCGGCAGACUCCUGAAGAAAUGGCCCCCGUGAUCGCCGACCUAGAAUACCGCUAUUCCUGGGAUCACUCUCCUCUCAGUAUGUUUCGGCAUUGCACCGUGUAUCUGGACUUGUAUGCUGUUGUCAACGACUUGAGCUCCAAAAUCGAAGCAACGAGAUUAGGUGUGACAGCGCUUGAGCUGCGGUUUCAUGGAGCCAGGGUAGUGUCCUGCUUAUCUGAGGGGGUGUCUCAUGUGAUCGUUGGGGAAGAUCCGAGCCGAGUUGCAGACUUCAAAGCUUUCAGGAGGACUCUUAAGAAAAAGUUUAAAAUCCUGCAAGAACAUUGGGUGACCGAUUCAGUAGACAAGUGUGAGCUUCAGGAUGAAAGUCGGUAUUUGCUCUAGAGCUAGCUCUCCAGGGAGAGCAUGGGCUGCAUCAGCAUUUGCUCUAGAGCUAGCUCUCCAGAGAGAACAUUGGCUGCGUCAGCAUUUGCUCUAGAGCUAGCUGUCCAGGAAGAGCAUGGGCUGCGUCAGUAUUUGCUCUAGAGCUAGCUCCAGGGAGAACAUUGGCUGCGUCUGUAUUUGCUCUAGAGCUAGCUCUCCCGUGGGCUGUAUCAUUAUUUGCUCUAGAGCUAGCUCUCCCCGUGGGCUGCGUCAGCAUUUGCUCUAGAGCUAGCUCACCAGGGAGAACAUUGGUUGCAUUCAUAUUUGCUCUAGAGCUAGCUCUCUAGGGAGAACAUUGGUUGUGUCAGGCAGCAGUGGCACUCACGAUGAAACAGCCAGCGAUGUUCAUUUUAUCUCUUAAAUACUUCAAAAGCGUUCGUUACCCGAAGAUAGUAAUUUUUGGGUAGAAAAGACGAAAGAGCCAAUGCUAAAAACAAAGUUUCUAACUUGGCUGAUAACCAUGACGCACAACGACAGUUUCAAGAGGCGCUUGUGCGGCAUCCUUGCAGAGACUAGAAUUCUGAUUCAGUAUCAGUAAAGUGUAUUUGGGAGCUUUUAGAACCAUCACAGCUUUUGGUUUUCUAAACAGAAUUUUCCCGAGUUAAAAAUUGUAAUUGUUUUUAGCUAGUAAAAGAAUUCAAAAAAUCAGAGUUACUACAGUUAGACUUAUAAAAGUAAAUCUUUUUAUUCAAGAGCUCAAAUGCCUCCUGGAAUCAUGAACUAUUUUAAUAAACAGUUUUUUAUGGUUAUGGUCAAAUGAAUUAGUAAGAUUUUUUGAUAAUGUGGGGGAAGUUAAAAGAAUCACCUAAACACCGGACAUGAAAGUUAAUUGACUUGAUUACAAAAUAAAAAGCUUUGCAGUUUUAGUUAUCUUAGGUUUAAUCUUUCUGAGGUGGGACAUAUUCAAUAGAGAAAGACUUUUCAUGAAUGUCCACUCCAGCAUUAACAGAGUUCACAGAGCUUGUCUCCUGUUGGUGACCCUCUGACGAGCUGCCCAUACACAGAGCAAGCUGUGACAUCGGUAGAGAAAGCUUUGGCUUUUAGAGGUGGCUUUUAUAGUUAAUUGAAGUCACAAUCUUGUGCAUUAUAUCUGUACUCAGAAAUGUACCUCCAUGGCAGCCCUGAAAUGGAGAAGUGUGGGACCUGAGGCAAUGGGUAUCAGUUAUCUGAAGCAAUUAGACUUCUUUUUGAAGCAAUUGAAUAAAUGUUUGUGGUUUUUGUAAUUUGAAUAAAAUUAUUAAAUAUUUAAUGUAAUGCCAAAAUAAUUAAUGUUCAUUUAUUUUAAAGUAAUUCGUCAUAGUUCUUUUAUUCAGAUUUUAUAGUGCUAUUAUACUUUGUGUCUUUGUGUGAGAUGAGUCAGGUGACCUUGCACUUACAGUCAUGUGACUGUAAGCUCCCAAGUAUUGAAAUUACAGACGCGAGCCAUCGCUCUGUCUGUAUACUUUCAGACUAGCUUCGUCGUGUUCCUUCUGGAAUCAUUGGGUUUCACAUACCAAAUGAACUUUGACAGUUUAAUAGUGUACUUCUUCGUGUUUAUAGAGGCAUAUUCCAAAGGGCAAGUAUAGUUAAAAGUUUAUAAUUUUCCUACCAAAGGUAACAUUUGUUUAUGGUGUCCAUGGUAAGGGAGCCAUGAAGCCACUCUUCAGGUAGCAAUGCUGAA